AUGUCUGUUGCUUUGACACAAUUAACGCAUUCAUUGAGCAAUAAAACAAAAUAUAUUACUGAAUUGAAAAAAACUAUUUUACGUCCAUUAAUACAGUUAGCUGUCAAAUCAAUAGAACAAGAAUAUAUUGAAGAUGGAAUCCUGGACCGUAUUUCAGAAAAAUACAAUUUGUCUCAGGAAAAUGUCGAUGAGUGGUACUCGGUAGUCUUAAAAAUCAUUAGGACUCAUUUGAGAUAUCCUGAUUCGAUAAUUAAAGUUGAUGAUUUUAAGAAAUGCUUACAAGAAUUAAAUAUGGAGAAUGAAUGCAUUGAAGAUUUAUGUGCAGUACUUUACGGGCAAAAACGACCAUUAUUAAUUACCAAUUUAUCGGAAAAAAUUAAAUUCUACCCUACAAUAAAAUCAUGUCGUUGGAGGAUAGAUAUAACAAUUUCUACUAGUGUCUUGUCACGUGUAAUGGAACCGACAAUUUUGAUGGAAUGGACACUGAGUAAUGGUAAAAAAUACUUAUUUGAAUUGAGUCUUUCUAAAUUUCAUUUGUUGAGGUACACAAUAUCAACGUUACUGCUAAAGAUGUACGAUCUUGAAGAACCACCGCAAAAAUCUAUUCAAUAA